AUCAAAGUCACUUGUUGGAAACAAUCUUGUAUUUUGGAUAUUUUUUUUUUUAAUCUUUGUGAUCAUUUAAUUUAUAUAAUAAACAUUGAGUGAAUUAAAUAAAUUACAAGUGACACCAAGUGUAAUUGAAAUAAUAGAAAUUUGUUUUUUUUUGGAUAAUAAAAUGUACGGAUAUUCCAAUGGCAAUUUUGAUCAACUUAAAAAAGAGACAAUAGUUGUGGAUAUUGUACCACCUCAGUAUCAAGUUAGCCCACCACAUAGCCCAGCAGAAAUGCCUCACACACCUGAGAAAGAUGGCUCAUCACAAGCGGAAGAAAGCAAUAAGCCGCAACAUCCAAGACGGUCACCGAUUCCGUCAUCAAUGGACCCAAACAUCAGACGUUACAGAACCGCCUUUACCCGGGAACAAUUGAACCGACUUGAAAAGGAAUUCAAUCGUGAAAAUUACGUGAGUCGUCCAAAAAGGUGUGAGCUAGCUCUUGAACUUCAGCUACCCGAGUCAACUAUCAAGGUUUGGUUUCAAAACCGUCGGAUGAAGGACAAGCGUCAACGUAUGGCAAUGGUUUGGCCGUACGCUGUUUAUGCAGAUCCAGCAAUGAUGAGUUUACUUGCUGCAGCAUCAGCAUCAAUGCCACAAUCACCCUAUCAUCAUCAUCAUAAUCAAGGCAUGACACCAUCGCAUUUGACUGUUCCGGCAGGCUAUCAAAAUGCUGCAGCUGCAGCAGCUUUUUACGCAACAAGAUAUUCACCUUAUGGAUUACCACCAAGUCAUCAGAGUGUUACUGCUACCAGUCCACCUGGUUCUGGUCUUCACAGAUCUCAUCAUCAUCAACAUCAUCAAUCUCCACUUAAUUAUCAUCCACAUCAUUUACUUCAACCUCAUCAAAUUCCUCUACCAUCACCUCAUUUGCCUGGCCUUGGUGUCACUUCACCCAUUAGCAAUAAUGGCUACACAUCCACGCCCAAUAGCCAAGCAACUCCCACGACGCCUACUUAUAGACCAGUUACUCAACUUCCUGAAUUUAGCCCAGUCAAUUCAGAGGCAUCAAGUGAUUGCGACUGCGCUGGCUCUAUUCACCUUCAUCAUGCUCAUCAUCUUGCAAAUUAUUCACGUGACAAAACACUCUCACCGAAAUCUCCAUCAACACCACCACCCCCACCACCUCCAGCAUCAAUAACACCUCUAAGUAUUCAAAGCGCAUUUGAAAGUCAAAAUUCUGGCUAUCAUCAUGGACUUAUUACAACUGUCUCUGUCACUCCAACAAAAACACAAAUAUCUCCUAAAAUUGGAGCCCCAAAAUUAUUUCAACCCUACAAAAAUGAUAUUACUCAAAAAGCGUAAUUUUCAUUUAUUAAAAUUAAUUUUUUUUUUUUAUUUAUUGUAAAUAGUUU